AUGACGAAAAGAAGCCACGCGACCGUCCUUGACGACCUGCCCGACUGGAUUGUCAUCGAAGAGAUCCUUGUCCGUUUGCCCCCCAAGGACCUCCUUCGCUGCCGUGCUGUCCGCAAGAUGUGGCACAGUGCCACCUCCAGCAACAAGUUCAUGCUCGACAACUGCUGCCGUCAACCCUUGCUCCCUGUGAUCAGAAAGCAUAUCCCUGGGCAGGAAGGAGUCGGGUUCAUUGUCUUCUGUGAUAACGAUGCAGGAGCCUCCGACCAAAACCUCUGGCCAAUCAUUCAGCACUCUAAGUUAAGUUAUCUCGUGGGCACCUGUGAUGGCCUUCUAAUCUUGGCCGGCGAAUCCGAUUUCUGGAUCUGCAACCCGGCCACUCGCAAAUGUGCUCUACUACCACAACCUCGAGUUUCAUCGCCUUCGUCAGAGGGUUCCGAUGACUACGUAGCUGGCUUCUACCGGCACCAUCCAUCUGGGGAAUACCGGGUGCUCUGGUUCUCAAAUGGCUCAUAUCGUGGCUACAUCCUAACGGUAGGAUCCGACAAGCCGAGGAUCGUUAGUCGGCCGUCAGUGUCAUCACGUUUGCCGAAAUGCAGGCGCGAUAUGGCUUUUGAUUCCUGCUGUAGUUCACAAGUCAACCACCGGGGCAGCCUGCACUGGUUAACGGGAAUGGAGACGGAGACUUCUGUGGACAUCUUGGUGUUCGACACAGUAACUGAGACGUUCCGGUGGAUGCGCAGUUCUGGCCAGUUGGGCUAUCAGGUGUCAUUGUGGGAGAUGGACAACAAGCUUGCUUCAUGCAGCACCAAUGAUGCCAGCAUAGAGAUUUGGAUGAUGCAAGACUACGAGGCUGAGGCCUGGGCCUUGAAGUACCGAAUUAACUUGUUAGCGAUGAAGACAUUACCACAAUUCGAGUAUGUUUCUAAGAUGGCACUGCUUAACCAGCGUGAGCUGCUGAUCUAUUGUCACACUGCAUCGGAGUGUCCCGACUUUAUGUUGCACUGUGACAUUGAUGGAAAGUUUUUGGGAUAUGUUGAAAUCAAAGAGGGAAAGUACUCCGUAUACUUCACUUAUCAGUACUUUCAGGAGAGCAUUCUUCCACUUCCGUUCUGUGAGAUGCAAGAAGAAGGUGGUGUGGAUAAGGAGCCUCCAUUCUUCAUAGGGCUAUAA